CCAUAUAGCGCCUUUUCUCAAUAAUUGAACUCCCUAAGCUACGGCAGUUAUUCACUAAAACUCGGCGGAUAGAUCACUAUUAGGUCCGGGCCUUAAGCUUAAAGCUACCAUUUAAGAAUCCAUUGAUUAUCUAAUUACCGAUGCACUAAACAAGCUGGCGUGAACCUUGGUAGUAUAUCUUACCGUUUUAAGUAAAGUUAAAACACUCCACAACAAUGAACCUCGGCUUGCGGAGGAUAAAGAUGGGGAACAUCAGACGGCAUCAUUUUGCAUGAGAGAUUCAAUUGACGGUUAUAAACAUAUCAGGUAAUAGGCCACCAAAUCGGAUAUACCUUAAUAAAGCGUUGCUUUUGCUCUAAAUUAAUACUACUUUACGGCUAUUAUCCAACACUAAAUCAUCAAAGUAAAACGAAAAUGAGUGGUCCCGGUGCUGGUUUCGAAUAUCCUCCCGUCGAGGUAUCGUGGACAAAGCGUGAUGUCCUGCUGUUCGCCAACACCGUAGGCUGCACAUCAGAUGAGCUUCACUUCUUAUAUGAACUCGAUCCCAAAUUCUCCGUAUUCCCGACCUACCCGGUCAUUCUUCCGUUCAAGAAGACCCAGCAAGAUGUCAUAGACUUCUAUGCCGAGCAGAAGGCCAUCCGAAUCCCCGGCGUCCCCGAAUUCGAUGCGCGACGAGUCGUCGAUGGCCAGCGAUUGGUCCAGUUCCUCAAGCCCCUCCCGACCUCGUCCGCUGGCAAGAAAUUUGAGGUCCGUUCCAAGGUCCUAGGUGUUUAUGACAAGGGCCGCCCGGGCUCCGUCGUCGAGAUCCAGCAGGACCUCGUUGAUGCCGGCACCGGCGAGGUCUACUCGCGCGCCAUCGGCAGCUCAUUUUACGUCGCACAAGGCAACUGGGGUGGUCCUAAGGGUCCCGCGACCGAGAACUUCCCUCCUCCUAAGGGCAAGACGCCCGACGCAGUGGUUGAGCACCAGACCACAGCGCAGACGCCGCUGCUGUACCGUCUCAAUGGCGACUACAACCCUCUACACGCGCACCCGGAGCCGGGCAAGAAGAUGGGCUUCGGCGGCGUCAUCAUCCACGGCUUAUACUCGUUCAACUACUCCGCCCACGUCCUGUUGCAGCAGCUUGGAGGUAGCGACCCUGCCAAUAUCAAGGAAUUCCAGGCUCGGUUUGCGAGUCCUGUUAGGCCUGGAGACAAGAUAGUUACAUCGGUGUGGAGAACGGGAGAGAAGAAGGGCGAAUGGGAGGAGAUUAGGUUCGAGGUGAAGGUUGCGGGCGGAAAGGUGUGCCUGAGCAACGGAAGAGCGUUGAUGAAGGUCGUGAGAGAAUCUAAGAGCAAGCUAUAAGUGAAACUAUUAGGGAUAUGGGUAUCUGUAUUGUAUUUAUUUCAUAAGGUCUAAAAGUUCGAAGCGGUGUGUAAUAUGCAGUUACAGAAUCGAAUAAUUAUCAAAUAUCAUUGAAGCCUUUUAUCGUCGUUAUCGCCUGCCCU